UUACACACACAUACACACACACACACAGGUCUAUAAACCAUUUUGUCUUCCCAGUAGAACCCCCAGUCUGGAUGUGUGUGUUAGUGAUGACGACCACCACUGCCGCUCUGCUCUCUCUCUGUUUUUGGGUAAACACCAGCAUCCAUGCUGCUCAGUCAGGUUCAAAGUGUGGAGUUCCUCAGGUGAGGAGCCCAGUGGUUCCUUCUCUGAGGGUGGUUGGAGGGUCCGAAGCCACAUAUGGAUCACAUCCAUGGCUGAUUUCCCUGCGGAAUAAGGGCUCUCAUUUUUGUGGAGGGGCCAUCCUGACGAACCGCUGGAUAAUGACAGCUGCACACUGCUUUGCAUCAAUCUCCAAAGAGUUUCUCAGUAGUGUGACAGUGGCAGUGGGAGAGUUUGACCAGAGAGUAGAUGAUGAAGAGGAGCAGGUCUUUCUUAUCAAGUCUGUCUCAGUCCAUGAGAAAUACCACUAUGCUUCACCUAUGAGCUAUGACAUAGCACUGGUAGAGCUGGAUCAACACAUUCAACUAGGAGCCCUUGUCCAACCAAUAUGUCUACCUUUACCUGAUGAGAACAUCCCACCUGAAACCAGUUGCAUUGUGGGUGGAUGGGGGAGGAUAAAGGAAAGGGGUCGUCUCCCUGCUGUACUGAGAGAGGUCCGGUUGGACUUGGUGGAUGCAGCCAAGUGUAAAUAUGUUCUCCAGACUGUCAAAAGGGCAAUUCUGAACCAGGGACCAGUGCGGCCUCAAGCAGCCAUGACAGUUCUUUGUGCAGGGCCAGAGAGAGGAGGGAGAGAUGCCUGCCAGGGGGACUCUGGGGGUCCUCUGGUAUGUCCGGCAAAGUCAGGCAGUGGUCAUUGGGAGGCACUGGGCGUAACUUCCUGGGGUAAGGGAUGUGGUCGGAGCUGGGGAAACAACAGCAGCCGCCCCCCUUCCAAGAGAGGAUCUCCAGGGGUUUUCACUGAUGUCAGGCUGCUGCUGCCCUGGAUCAAGCGUAAGCUGAGAGAGGGUAGGUUAAAAUAUGGUCAUAAUAUGAGCCAGGCUGUCUCUCAGAGUUAUGUAUGAAGCACAUCACAAAAUGAUUAUUGUUUGUAUCCAUUUGUUUUUAACCAUUAGUGACUGUAUGAAACACACAGUGGAUCACAUGAUCAAAGUUUAUUGGGAUAAUCCAGUGCAGAUACAAACUGGCCAUCAAGUAACUAUAAUGUGCUGAAUGGAU